AUGUGGUGCAUCACUCAGACCGAGGUUUUCCUUCAUCUUUAUUUUUCUCUUGCUCUCUACUUAUCUAGUAUGGCUCUAGGGUCUACACAUUUGAGCAUGAUUUGCGGGGGUCAUUGGGUUACUAGUUUGGACUUAUCUUAUGAGUUUGAAACUAGUGGGAUGGCUCAUAUGCCUAUCCGAGAGCUGAGUAGUACCGCUCUUGGGAAGAUGUGGGUGGAGCCAGAAGACAUCCCUAAUCUUGCCUUCAUAAGGCGUCAGAGGCCUGGGUAUGUAGAUCCUGGUCAGCCAGAGGCGGGUCCUUCUGUUCCACCCCCUUCUCAGCCAUUGGGCGCCGGUCAUGAUGGUGUCGGUUUUUCAGGUACUCAUCCCAGAGAUAUUGAUGAGGACAAGGAUUCAGAGGGCGAGAAGGUUAAGUACGAGAGCAGUGAUGAGUAG